AAGUUCGCUGUUCGUUUCUUUCUUUGUGUGAGGAGUUUUUCCUUUUUGUACGCGCAUCACAUCACCAGUGCCUGCUCAUCAAACGUAAAUAUUUUCCUUUUUUUGUGCGCUGAACAUUGAACACUCUCUGGUCUAGUGGCGAAGCAGCCUGUGCAAAAGUUUUCUGUCGUUGUGUCACUCGCUAGCCAUUAGCCUUCCAUGUACAAGUUCAAUCGCUAUUAGAAAAAGAGUCAGUGGAACAGUGAAAAAAGUUGCUCGUGGAAACGCCAUUAUUGUGAUACUUGAAAAUUUUCGGUGAAAACUUAUGGAAGGUUGAAACGGAUCACGUAAUUGGGAACCAUGACGAUCAAACCAGUGGUAAACCAGAAAAGUUCGGAGGACGGCCAGGAAGGUAGCACUUCGCAAAACCUGGUCCAAAACGGAACGGUGGUCAGUCGCAACCCUCAUCGGAAUGUUGUCCUGAAUCAGCUGUCGACGUCAGAGAGUCAACCACUCCCAAGGGAAAAACGGGUGCACACUCCGCACAAUUUUGACAGUGAAAAUGUCCGUCACAGGAGGAGCCCCCACAAAAACCUUGGCCGCACCAAACGAGAUCAUCACCACAAGAGGGAAAAUCGUGAACGUGACAAAAACCCAUCGCCAAGCUAUCAAGCUGUGUUACCCGCUGUGAGCAAUAAGAAGCAAGUAGCUCCGCCAUGUUCCAGUCCGCUGUCAAAUGCUGGGGGUCGGUCCCCGAUGAGUACAAUCCCGUCAAGCAGCAAUCUCAAUGGGGUGGCUGCGGGUUCCAACAGCAGCAACGCGAUAAAUUUGAAAGCAACAGUCGAGGAAGCCCUCUCCGGCUAUAACAGUGGAGACGAACAUGUCGGCCAGAAGGAUGCACAACUCAGUCCCGAUGAGUGGAAAAAGCGAGACGACGCCUUCGGGAAAAUUAUGUCCGAGAGAGGAUUUGUCAUAAAAGACAUGAUCGAAGAUGGUGCAUGCCUGUUCAGAGCAAUAUCUAUGCAAAUCUUCGGCGAUCAAGACAUGCACGAAAUGAUUCGACAACAGACAAUGGAUUAUAUAUACCAAAAUCGAGAAUAUUUUGCACAAUUUGUAACGGAAGACAUAAGCAAUUAUGUUACAAGGAAACGAGCAAACCACGUUCAUGGAAAUCAUAUCGAGAUUCAAGCAAUGUCGGAGAUGUACAACCGCUCUGUGGAAUUGUACUGCUAUCAGCUAGAACCCAUCAACAUCUUCAAUUCCGAACAAUUGAACAAUGGGAACGAACCGCUACGGUUGUCCUAUCAGCGGUGUUCGCACUACAAUGCAAUAUUAGAUCCAUACAAGGCGUCAGUUGGCGUUGGAUUGGGGCUAGCCGGUUACAGGCCUGACGAACUGGAUAUCAAGCAAAUGUCAGAUGCAGUCCGAAUGAGCGAAGAGUUGGAGAUCGAACAAACAAUGUUUGAGGAUAAACUGAAAACCACUGACUGGGAAGCCACGAACGAAGCAAUUGAAGAGCAGAUAGCCAGAGAAUCGUACUUGCAAUGGUGCCGUGACAGUAUGCGCAAGAACUCCGGCAAAAAUAGCAAGAGCACCAGUACCGUAACGUCCAGCGAUCUGGGUGGUGGCGGUUGUUGUAGUACUUCGGUGAGUCCGGAUAAACCGCCGAAGCAAAGUCCAGAGGGUGCUUCGUCGUACUCAGACUCGUUGAUUUGUGAGUUUCGUAAAUCGUCCUCUCCAUCGCCAUCGAAUCAUUCUUUCAACCAAGGAAGCUGUUCAUCAAGUUCUAAAAAUAGCUCCUUCGAGAUGGAUUGUUCCCUCCCGGAGAGCUCUUGUUCGGUUCAAUAUUAUUUCAAUGGCAGUAAUAGACGAAAGAAACGUAAUUUGAAUUCUCCAGUGGAUAAACCCAACACAGAAUUGCUACCAAAAAAGCCUAAACUAGUAACCAGCCCUUCGAUUGAACAAGCAGGUGAUAGUGGUGCAAGCACAUCUGGAACAGCGAAAAACGAAAAUCGGCCGCCGGCAGAACCGGUUUCUGAGUUCUACCAAUCUUUAUUGGAGUCAUCGUACACCGAUGAUGGUAGUUUCGCUCAGCUAACCGAGCGGGAAAUGAUUCAGAAGGCCCUAGCCGAAUCAGCAAUGGACUUUGUGAAAAAGAGCGACCGAACAAAGGGCACUCAAGAAGACAAAUAUGGUACAACCGAUGAGGAGUACGAUUCGCCUUCACCAUAAAUAAGGAGCCACUGUGGAAUGUUGUAAAAACUAUACUUUAGAAAUGCGAUUUUUUCUAUUUUCGGAAAUAGGUCACAAUCCUCCGUGCGUUGGCAAUAAAAAUUGAUGCGGAAAUGUUUUGCCCAUGAUAUAAGAGUAGGAACGUAAAAUACAGUUUAGCUUACCGAUGAAGAGAGUACAGAGGAUAGAAGUAAGAGAAGUUUUCUUUUAUUCGUAUUUUCCUGCAUUACCUUCAAGUACAUUCAGCUAAUGAUCUUUAUUUUUCGCAAUCAAACUAAUGUUUAUUGUACGGUAAUUGAUAAAACACCAUUUUUUAUUUUGUUCACGAUUACCUUCUCUAAUUUAAUGGUUAAUUUACUAAGCAAAUUAAUUAUAUGCAAUUAAUACACAUAAAAAUACACAUAUAAUAUAAAUACAUACACUGCAGUGUAGACGCUUUAUUUAUGGCGUGAUAACUUUGAAUUUGAAAAAUAAAUAUAUGUCCAAACCGUAGUAAAAGAGA